GGCCGUCGUUGCUGUUCUGUCUGAGAGGCGCGCCGGUUAUUCUGGUGCAAGCGGAGGCCUUUAUGAUGUUAUGGAAUGGACAUGACGUUGUUAGGGAAAGCAGAUUUUGUGUAAAAGGGAAUCGCGUUGGUUGUGGAGGAGGACGCGGUGGGGUGGUGGUGCAGGCGGCGGCGGGGCAGGGAGGGGCCGCAGGUGUGGGCGUGGCAGAGCCGGACUUCAGUAGGCGUGUGGGCGAGGUGGCGCGGAAUGACAACCUGUUCGGAAAAAGAACUGAACUGUGGCGAUGGAUGUGUGACGUCACGUAACCGGAGGUAAGGAAUAAUGGAGGAGGAGGAGGAGGCUCGGGGCGGUAGGAGGGCGAGGGAGAGGAGGCUCUGCGCGGGAGGCGUGGGGGCGGCGGGAGGCAGCAUAGUGGUAGCGGCGCCGGGCUCGUCGAGGCCAGUGUAGUGAGGGUGUCCGUCCGCUGCGGUGCCGCGUUGCCUCUCCGUCCGCGUUAGAGUGCCAGUGUGUCACCCUCGCCCCGUCUGCCUCUCGUCCAGGCAGUGAGAGAGUCCCAGCAGCAGCAGGGACACAGCAGCACCAGCACCAGCAGUUGAGACACAGCGGCAGCAGCAGGAGAGCAGCAGUGAAGAAAGGUCGACGGCAGCAGUAGAUAGAGUCAGGCCAGGUCAGGUGGUCGCCAUGGGUGCCAGCGGCUGGCUGUGGUGGUGCCUGGCGCUGCCCCUCGCCGCGCCCCGCGCCCUUUCCUUCAUGAUGGAGGGCUCACCUACCUCCUUCGCCCAGUUCCCGCGGUGGGUGCCCGGCGCCAACGGAUCCCUCGAGUUUGAGUUUUUGACGCGGGAGCCUAACGGCCUUAUGCUGUACACGGACGACGGCGGCUCGUACGAGUUCUUCGAGGUGAAGCUGGUGGAGGGCGCCGUGCGGCUGCAUUACAACACUGGCGGCGGCGCGCGACUCCUGACGGCGGGGCGCGGCCUGCACGACGGAGCCUGGCACCGCGUGCGUGUGUCGCGCCGCCUCGACCAGACGCUUCUCGCCGUGGACGAUGAGGUCGAGACCCGCGUCGUGAAGGCACUCAGCCACAACUUCGGGAAUCCCGAGACCAACUCGUUCGUGUACCUGGGCGGCCUGCCCUUGCUGCUGACGCGGCAGGUGGGCUCCAGGCUCACGCUGCCUGUGGUCACCCUGGAACCGCGCUUUGCCGGACAGCUGAAAGGCCUCACCUACACCCGCGGGGACGGCCUCGCCCGGUCCCAGAACAUCAUCGCCAGUCAGGGAGUGCGUGAGAUGGGCCUGAGCAGCGAGUGUGACCAGCACGGGCCUUGCAUGAACGGCGGCCGCUGUUACUCCGGGGACCAGGGACCUCGCUGUGAUUGUUCCCGCAUCGCCUACGAGGGACCCUACUGCGAGAAAGAGCGCCAGGUGGAGGAGAUCACCUUCAGAGGCCGGGAGUACGUGUGGUGGGAUCUGCGACGCACCGGCGGGCAGCCCCUCGCCGCCCAGAGUGACCAGCUGUCCUUCUCCUUCAAGACCAGACACCCCGCAGGCGUCCUCUUCUUCUCAGGUGACGGGAAGGACUACGUGAACAUUGCUCUGCGCGAGGGCGGCGUUCUGGUGACCCUGGACAUGGGCGGCGACCCUCUCAAGGUGACUGUGCGGCCUGAAACCGUACGCUUCGACGACAAUGAGUGGCAUAGCGUCUCCGUGCACCGAAAUGUGAAGGAGAUCAACGGACACACCAGCUUCUGCACGCUCUCCGUCUCCGUGGAUGGCAUCUACUCGAAGAAGGGGACGACUGCCGGGCCCUUCUCUCAGCUUAGCUCCUCGAGGCUUCAUCUGGGUGGAGCUGACGUGCCUGCCCUUCUCCCUGGCGCUGAGACCCGUUCCAAUUUCGUGGGCUGCAUGAAGAAGGUGGAAUACGUCGCCGACAGUGUGAGGCUUGACAUCAUUCGCACGGCGCGCCAAGGCAGCCCCCUCCUGCACGUCAAAGGCAAGGUCGACUACAUGUGUCUCGAGGUGGAGGCCGGCGACCCCGUGUCCUUCACCACUCAAGAAUCCUACCUGGAUGGCCCGGAGAAUGGUGUGGUUAAGUUUACGAGACCCGACGCCUUCCUGGUGUUGCCAGCUUGGGAGGCUGCCCGGCAAGGAUCUGUGAGCUUCAAGAUGCGCACCACGGAGCCUGAUGGCCUCCUCAUGUUCAACUCUGGCUCCCUGGCAGCUCAGGGUGACUUUUUUGCCUUGGAGCUGCUUGAGGGUCACCUGUACCUGCACCUCAGCCUUGGGUCAGGGUCUCGCCGGGUCAAGGCCACCAACAGGAGGAUCGAUGAUGGCUGGUGGCACGAGGUGACACUCAACAGGGAUGCUCAGGCGGGCCGCAUCACCGUGGACGAAGGGGCAAAUGACUUCACCACACCAGGAGACUCUCACCGGCUGGACCUGGAUGGAGCGCUGUAUGUUGGUGGUGUGAGCAGCGGCGUGGAGGUGCCCCCGGAGGUGUGGUCUGGCAGGCUGGGGCUGGGCUAUGUGGGGUGCAUGAGGGACCUGGUGAUCAAUGGACUGGCAUCUGACCUCGCCUCCUUUGCCAAGAAACAAGACUCUGGUUCAAUUGUCAACUUCUGCCACAGCGAUGGAGGCUCCUGCUCCUCCAACCCCUGCAUGCACGGAGGUUCCUGCCGCGAGGGCUGGGGACGCUUCAUAUGUGACUGCUCCCACACCUCCUUUGUUGGGCCAACCUGCGGCAAAGAUGCUGCCACACUGAGCUUUGAUGGAACCCAGUAUGUGCGAAUGUUCUCUGACCAGGAGUCCAACACCCAGGCUGAAGACAUCACAUUCAGGUUCCGCACCAACCGACCAAACGGCCUCCUUCUGGCCACCACAUCCACCCUCUCCUCUGACAGGCUGGAGCUGGCACUGCAGGCAGGCAAACUCAGACUCACCGUCAAGCUGGGAGACAAGGACAAGGUGGUGCAUGUGGGCAAUGGAUUCAACGAUCAGCAGUGGCACUCAGUCCGGCUGGAGAGGAGAGCCACACAAGUAUCCCUUCGAGUUGACAAUGAAUCACCAGUUUUGGACCACACCAUGGGCCGCCACAGCAUCCUGCAGUACCGGGACAUCCACGUUGGCAUGGUGAGCAAUGACUCCAGCACCUUCCCCUCCCCACCACCCGCUGGUGUGCCUGGCCCCAUCCCUCCCUUCAUUGGCGAGAUGCAGAGUUUGUACAUCAAUGGGAAAUAUGUCUUUGAGAUGGCCCGUGCUGGACACCUCAACAGGAUGGAGGUGAGCGCAGUGUUUGGCCGCAGCUCCCAGGUUGUGCAUCACCCUGUCACCUUCAAGAGCCGGGCAGCCUACGUGGCCCUCCACCAACUCAAGGCUUACUCCUCCACCAACAUCUACUUCCAAUUCAAGACACACCAGCCUUCAGGUCUCCUCAUGUACAAUGGGGGUAAAGGCCAUGACUUCCUGGCCCUGGAGCUGGUCAACGGCCAUGUCCACCUCGUCUUCAGCCUUGGGGAGCGACCAUUCCGUGUCCGGGACAGCAACAAAAUGGCACUGAAUGACAACAAAUGGCAUGUGGUUACUGUGAGCCGGCCGUCCUCCCUCCAGCACACCCUCCUGGUGGACGACACCCUCACCACCGUCACCAAUGAAGGCUCCAGCGACACUCUUGACCUGCAGGGCUUCCUCUACUUGGGUGGUGUUCCCCCAGAAAUGUACACCAGACUGCCGCGCCACAUCCUCUCCCGCGCUGGCUUUGAGGGCUGCAUGGCUUCCCUGGACCUGAAUGGCGAGGCUCCAGACCCCGCUGGCAAGGAUGUCCCACUCAUGUCCAACCAUGUCCACGCCGGAUGUGAAGGGCCCAGCACCAAGUGCCACCGGAAUGCCUGUGCCAAUGGUGGAACAUGUGUGCAGCAGUGGAACUCCUACACCUGCAACUGCGACUUGACCUCCUACACUGGCCCCACCUGCUCUGAUGAGGCUACAUCCUACGAGUUCAACCGUGGACUCGUCACCUUCCAGUACCCAGAUGGCCGGUGGCCUGACUCUCGCCGGGACCUGCUGGCACUUGGCUUCAUGACUCACCAGGAUGAUGCUGUGCUGCUCAGACUUGACUCGGCAAAUUCAAAUGAUUACAUGGAACUAGAGAUUAUUGAUGGGAACAUCUUUGUGGUGUACAACAUGGGCACCGAGGACCACCCCGUCGGGGAGAUAAUGUCCAAGGUCAACGAUGGGAUGUACCAUGUCGUCCGCUUCAUUCGCUCCGGACCCAACGCCACCGUGCAGAUUGACGACUAUGAAAUACAGGAGAAGAAUCCAACAGAUGUUGAGGGUAACAGUAACUUCAGAGUGUUGAAGAAGCUCAGGUCUGGAACCUGGCAUGGUCACCAGCUGUCGGUUUUCAACGCUCAGUCAAAGCUUCAGAUUGGUGGGCGCAGGUCAAGGCGAGCCACUGCCAUCGAUAGGCCCUUCCAGGGGGUCAUGUCAGGAUUGGUACUGAACGGGGAGCGGCCUUUUGACAUGGCAGCCGAGCGCGACCCCAGAGUUGAGAUCGAGGGUGAAGUCCACCUCCUGAUGAACCUGCCCAGGGACCUCAAUGCUCACGGCAACGACCUCAACCCAUGGCAGAGGACACCACCACUCCCUGGCCCAUCACCUGGUGAGGGGGACGACUUGGUGUUCAGCGGUGCCGGGUCUGGAUGUGACAUGGAUGAUGAGGAUGAGUGUAUCCCCGUCUUUGACACUGGCUCAGGCGACGACCUCAUCACCCCUGUCUACAUCCCGCCCACCCAGCCCCCGGCCACCAAGCCUCCCCCACUCCCCCAAAUCCCCGACCGUGACACUAAUGGCGGCAUGCGCCCCUGUGAUGAUGAGGACUGCUACAUUGGCUCCGGCUCUGGUGAAUUCAACACAGAAAAUGGAGGAAUAACUGACCUUGAUAAUGUAGACGACACGGAUCUUGAGUUCCCCCCAUCUCACCACCCCAUGCUUGCUCCAGACAUUAUCCACUCAGAGGAGGACAGCCCCGGCAGCACAGGACUUGGUCAUGCCAACGGCGGACGAGGCCCUGGAUCAGGCCUCACCACCCCAUCCCGGCCAGACCCUACAUCCCCCUCCACCUCCACCACCACCACUGCCACCCACACCCCGCACCCCAGACAUCACCCCACCUCCACCACCACCAGCACCACCACUCCGCCGCCACCACACUCCCACCCACAGCCUCCGAUAGACUACGAUUACCCAUUCGCUGGCUACCCAGAGGUUCCCUUCGAGAAGGGGAACAACAAGGUGCGAAAGGAAGGUGGGCCACAUGAGGCCAUCCAUAGCGACACCUCUGGCAGCGUGGCCCUCAUCAUCAGCAUAGUGGCCGGCACCCUCAUUGUGGUCAUCCUCAUCGUUCUCCUCGUACUCAAAUUCAAGGGGCGGCAGGACGGUGCCUAUAAGGUGGACGAAAGCAAGAACUACGAGGGCAUCCCCACAGUGCCGACCCCCAUGAUCAACGGGCAAGGCAAUGGCGCCAUCAAGCCCGGUGACCGGCGGCCCGUCAAGAAGCAGAGUAAGGAUGUUAAAGAGUGGUACGUGUGAGUGCUGGGUGGUGUUUAUAUUGAGAGAAUUAUACUAUGUGAAGUCUCAAAAUUUUGACUGUGAUCUCUAUUGUUUUGCAAUACCUCCAAAAUGAUAGGAAUAUAUGAUCCCACUCCCUGUGUACUCUUACAUUUUUUUACUUUUGUCUCGGAUGUCCACUUCCAGAGGGAGUGUAGAACUAAGAAAAUGUUUUGCUACUUGCCGUAGGUAAUUACUGUUAGUUGAGGUUUUCAAGGGCGUGUGGUGUUCACGUGUGCCGCAGACCUGUUCCUGCCGCAGCAUUGGCCUCAGGACUGGCCAGAGCGGCUGCCCCUAGAGGUGUGUCGGGUGCUGGUGUGGCGGUGCUAAUGCUGAGCGGCGGCACAAGUGUCGGGUGUGUGAGUCCUGAGCAUUUGGUCGUCCUCUAGAGAUUUUUUAUUUUUAUUUGGUUUGAACUUACACGUGCAUUCGUGGUCGCAGACGUCCAUUGUAGAGCAAGAGUAUUGUUGUUCAUCAAGCUUUUACAUUUUACAUUACCACCAUUACAUCAUCAUCCAGAGAUUUUGAGCUUUUAUUAAAAUCUUCCUUAAUUCAUCCUCUUUAUAUAGAGAGAAAUACUGUUUUGAUGAUUUACAAUACUAAGCCCUACAAAACACUGAAGAACAUUGCUUUGCAACAUGUGAAACAUUGUCAACGCUUCUUUUCCACGCCGGCACCAUUACCGUAGCACAAAGAGGGAUUCACCCCGGCCCGCCAGUGCCUCGGGGUGGCUGCCUUCCUGUAAGCCUGUUUUACGCAAAGCGAGGCUGCCCUCAACCCCGGCAUGGGUAUUGCUGACCCGGGCUGGCCCUUGGGGUGCCCCAGGCCAAGGGGCCGGGAGUUGGGCCACGGCUAGAGCUUAGAGCUGUCCAUUUGUCUGGAAUCAUCCUUUAUAAUUUUAUUUGUAGAUUUAUGUCACUAGGACUGACAUCAAUUCUGUCUCUCAAAACAGCAAUGUGAUAAAGAGGGCGAUGACUGGGAAUCAUGGGGAAAUGUGGCUCUUGAGGCUGGGUCGUAUGAAGCCUUUGCUUUUGCAAUAUAUCAACAUGGCAUUGCCUCAAGCCAUGAACAUAUCAUAGUAGAUUCUGGAGGCUUCCAUCAAACACCCUAGGGAACAGCCACAAUCCUCAAGCAAUGACGGUAAAGCCAGUGAGGGCGCCACAGACCCCACAGCCAAAAAAGUCAUGUCCCUCUGAACAGUCUGUUCUUCACUUUUCCGGCAGCAAUAAAAAUGGCAACAUUCGCUUACUCAUCAGAUAUAGUAGUGCGUGGAAGCACAUCUAAUACAAAACAUUUAAAACAUCCUUUCAGUAAAUUAAUAAUGUACUGAAGCCUUAUGCAGUGAAGAAGUAAUUAUGGUCCUGACAAUGCCAACAGCCUUUUUGGUAUUGUGAGCUUCACUAAUCUAUAAUCAAAUACUCCAAGAUGUUGAUACACAGGAUCUUGCAGUGUGGCGAGCACAGAGUUGGAUGGGUGAUGAGACAGUGUAUCCACGGGGAUAUUCUCAUCAGGGAAUGGGAUGUUACAGUAUGGCUAACGUUGGCUCAGGGGAAAAGAUUAUAUCUGUUAGCUACACAAAUUCCUUUACUUGUUUUUAGAAAUUAUCCAUAUUCUACCAAUACACGUUUUUUUCAUACAAGUACACAUACAUGUAAACACACACAGAUGCAUAUAUAUAAAUAACCUCACUUUUCUAAACCAAAGUAGGGACUCUGAAAAACUUAUAAAAGAGCAGUUUAAUGUUAAGCUGCACAGAAGUCACCCAAAGAUGUAAUAUAAUGUUAUUGUAUAUCGUUCACUGUACAGCCCCUCAUAGUUGUAAGUCCACCAACUUAGAUUAACGCAUUUCAUCUUUUACACAAACUCGCAGGUUGAGUUGAAGGCGUAAGUUAUUUUUUAAACUGAGAAUUUAGGGUGAUUGAGUGUGAGUCCUACCUCUGCCUGUAUCUAUUUUCCUGAGGGUUAUGGUGAUGAAGUGACUCAAGAAGACGGUUUGCAUGUUGUUGAGAAUUUUAUCUGGAAAGUUAUUAGCAUUUCAAAGUCUAGCUGAAAUAAAAUUGCUUCAGCAUCUGUAAUAUGGUGCAGUUUGAAUAUUUAUAAUUGUGUAAUAAUAAUAAUCUGAAAGCUAUGUAUCCGAGAUUCUAACAUCAAUGAGAUGAGUGAUACAGACUAGUGACUUGAAUAUGACCAUAAACUUAAUGGAGGACAAUGGAUUAGAAAUGUAGUGGAGUCUAGGAGCCAAGCCUCUCCACUGCUUGAUGGAUGCGAGGACAAUAUGUACCAUGGAGGAUCAAGUUGCGUUAGAGUGUUGAACGUUACCUUUCUUUGCUUUUGACGCGAGCCCCAUCUGGAGGUCCUGUUGGCUGUCCCCUGCAGCUCCCUCACUCACCACCUCCAUGUUAGCUGUCGGUUGCAAAGCACUGUUUUGAAAACUUUGCACUCAUUGCUUUAAUGUAUGUGAAGACUACAGCUGUUGUCUAUUGUGAAAGGUAGGAUAAACUGUAUUUGUUAUGAGACAUACUCCUUAUUAUGACUAGGAACAUGUUGCGAUAUAUAAUGUAUAAUAAGAGUUGCCAUAUCUUGAGGAGAUUUUGUUGUGUGUUAAUAUAUUUGUAUGACAUUAUUUUCUGACACUGAAAAAGACUUUAAACUAAGGUUCUGUUAAUGAAUUGGACCAUCAUCAUUAUUUUACAUGGUGUAAAGUUGCGUGUACAUAGGAGUUCUAACAUUAAAUAUGUUAGAUACUGAA